AGUGGGCGGGGCCGCGACCAGCGCUCCUCACCCCGCCCGGCUCGUUCCCUCUCCCUGCCCCGCCCCGCCCCGGCCCGGCCCGUCACGGCCCCUCCUGGUUCUGGACGCUGCAGCCGCGCCCGUCUUCCCUGACCACCCCGCGGACGUGGAGCGAAGAGACGACAGAUGGCGGCUGCAAGGGAACUUGUGACCCCUGGCGAUUCGGCAGCGGGAAAUGGGCACCGGAGUCACCUGGGCAUCCCUGAAGCGGUGUUCGUGGAAGAUGUCGAUGCGUUUAUGAAACAGCCUGGAAAUGAGUCUGUGGAUAUCGUACUCAAGAAGUUGGACGAGCAGUAUCAGAAGUAUAAGUUUAUGGAACUUAACCUUGCCCAGAAGAAAAGGAGGCUAAAAAAUCAAAUUCCCGAAAUCCGACAGACAUUACACAUUCUAAAAUAUAUGCAGAAAAAAAAAGAAACCCCAAAGCCCCUGGAGACCAGAUUCCUGUUGGCCGACAACCUUUACUGCAAAGCUUCCGUUCCUCCUACAGAUAAAGUCUGUCUGUGGUUGGGCGCCAACGUGAUGCUCGAGUAUGAUAUUGAUGAAGCCCAGGUGCUGCUGGAGAAGAACCACUCGAUGGCCACCAGCAACCUGGAAUCUCUGGAGGAAGACCUGGACUUCCUGCGUGAUCAGUUCACCACCACGGAAGUCAAUAUGGCCCGCGUGUACAACUGGGACGUCAAGAGAAGAAACAGGGAUGAGCUCCCCAAAGCCGUGGUGGCAUAGUGUGCCCACCCGCAGUCCUGGGGCUCAGCUUUCCCACUGGGCUCGGCCUCUGGAGGUCUGAAUUUUGACUUGGCAGUAAUUGUUCUUUAAACAAAAAGGAUGGUAAAGUUGAAGGCAAUGAUGAGCACACAUAUUAUUUAUAAAGAUAAAAUUUAGUCUCAUUCACACGUCAUGAAAUUUGAUUAUAAUUGAUCAACCAAGGACAUGCAGGAUUUGGACUCGAUUAUCUCCACACCUCCAGCUCUGACAUUCCAGAUCUUUGACCAAAUAAAAGCUGAAAUUUGCCUCCAGCAAAGCUGCAUGGGUGAAACUGGCGCCUGGAUGCUGAAGGGGAUCUUAUUCUUCUGUAUCGAUUAUUGUUUACCUUUGACAUUUAGAGAGAGGGGGAAAUGUACAGUUCCUGUUUUACAAACCUGUUGUUCUUUGUUAAACCAGUCUAUUGUAAGUUUGGUGGUUCACAAGUUGACUUUUUUUCUCUCGUGUAAAUUUGGUUAAGUACUGGUCAGUCUCCUGAAUGUUUUGCUCUUUUUCAUGAAGUGAUUUAUCUGCCUUUAUAACUAAGAAGUGGAAUAUAUUGGAACUGCAACAAGGCCUGUUGAGGCUGCACAUUCUUUGCCCAUCUUCUUUCCAGAGUUUCUUGUUAAUUAAAAAGAAAACCGAAUGGCUAUUGCUCCUAUGUAGUAAUUAAGUAAUGCACUGAACAUCUCCUGGCUUAAGCUCUGGUGAAUAGCCUAACAAUUCACUCAAGCAUCUUAAGAGGGGAAACUAAUUUCGAUGUUAAUUUCUUUAAAAGGAAGGAUGCGUAGAAGCUGUCCUGAAUUAAAAGAUGAAACUUUACAUAGAAUUAUAAAACAGUUGUAGUGAAACAAAUAGUCUGUGCCUCUGCUGCUGAGUGAUGCAGUCUGCUAGAAAUAGAAAUGUAUUCUUCUGCUUUCAAGUAGUAAAUGGUGCAUCUGUAAAGGUUGUAUGCUUUUGUUUCAUAAUAUUAAAACAGUGAAAUUAAACUUGUGGCAAAAUGCUUUUUAAAA